AUGAUUGUCGCGUUUACGAGUCAAAAUCAAAAAGAUUGGGAUGAACAUCUCGAUGAUUUAAAAUUCGCGUACAACACCUCGGUACACACUGCCUUAGGAGUGUCACCAUUUUAUUUAAAUCACGGACGUGACGCACGACUAAUUAACGAUACCGACCCUCUCGAAAAUCUAGACGUAUCUGACGUUACCGUUUGGCAAGCCCGAAUGGACCGUGCGAUUGAAUUAAGACAUUUUGUUGAGCAAAAUAUGUUGAAAGCUCGGGAACGCACGCGUAAGCAAUACAAACAAAAAUUUUCUGAUACCCCAAUAGACUUAAAAAUCGGUGAUGAAGUCUAUCAUUUAAAUAAAAAAUUGAGUAAAAAAGUAGAUGGCUACAGUGCUAAAUUAGCACCAAAAUAUUCGGGACCCGCCAUUGUAUCUAAAAUUUUAAGUCCUCUAGUAGUUCAAUUGCAAGAUGAUGCCGGUAACGAUAUUGGCACAUAUUAUUACAAUGACUUAAAAAUUCCCAGGCGGUCUCGAAGACGUAACUGA